CAGUUAAUGUCUGUUAGUCUACUUCACUGUGUAGCCGUCCAUUUGUAUUGUUUAAUGAAGAAAAGGCAUAUAUAUUGAAGAGCACUAUCAUACAUAAGUGAAGCGAGGAGGAUCCUAUAAAACCUCAGAGGGAACCAGAUGCUGUAUCACUCACCCAGGACAGGUUAGAAAAGACCCUGUCAGGAUGGGAGAGAGGAACUUGGUGUUGUGGCUGCUGCUGUUGGGAGCCCUGAUGCCCCAUGCCUGCUGUCAACACUGGUCUUUUGGGCUGAGCCCAGGGGGGAAGAGAGCUACUGAUGGUUUAUCAGAAACACUGGAAAGUAUUGUCGAGGACCUUCCCAAGAUGGAUGGACCCUGUAGUCUUUAUGACUGUACUAAAGUCUGGCCUAAUGUCAGACUGUACAGGCUGAGGACAUUGCUUGCUGGCAUCACGGAAAAAAACAGUCGCGCUACUCCGCUCCAUCGCUCUGCCUACUGUGGGCAUCAUGCCGUGGUGAGGAUGCUGCUUCACCACGGGGCUGACCCUCAACUGUGUGAUGACGAUGGAUCUUCUGCCUUACAUAAGAAGAGACAUCAGGGUUUGGAGGAAAUGGAUCUGUCCAAAAGAAACCGUCUGCGCUUGCCUGGAGCUUGUCAAGUCAUAUUUAAUCUUCAGCCAUAG